UUUCAUGUGGAGCCUACAAACAUAGUCAGUGUGAAUGAUGACAUGCAAAGAGUCACUGAUGAAGCUUCAGCAAUGAAUAAGCGGAUUCAUUACUAUAGCAGGCUCACGUCUCCUGCAGACAGGGCAUUGGUUGCUCCUGAUCAUGUACUUCCAGCUCCUGAUGAAAUCUAUGUGUACAGUCCAUUAGGAACUGCUUUUAAAGUUGACAGUUGCACAGAUGGCUAUGGUAAAAACUCCAGUAUAGUGACAAUAUUUAUGAUAUGGAAUACAAUGAUGGGAACAUCUAUAUUAAGUAUCCCAUGGGGAAUAAAACAGGCAGGCUUUACUUCUGGAAUCAUUCUCAUCUUACUGAUGGGCAUUUUGACUCUUUAUUGCUGCUACAGAGUUGUGAAAUCCCGGAAAACGAUACCUUUAAUAGAUACCUCAAACUGGGAAUUCCCAGAUGUUUGCAAGUAUUACUUUGGAUCCUUUGGUCAAUGGUCAAGCCUCUUGUUUUCUAUGGUAUCGCUGGUUGGAGCCAUGGUUGUUUACUGGGUGCUUAUGUCCAACUUUCUGUUCAAUACAGGAAAGUUUAUAUACAACUUUGUUCAUGGCAUUAAUGUAACAGAUAUUGUUCCUGGCACAAAUGGAAGUAGCAAAGUCGUUUGUCCAAGUGCUGCUAGUGGUCACCCACCACAGAACAGGAGCGUGAUAUUCUCCUCCGGCAACAAUACAGGUUUUGAACUCUUCGAGGAGUGGUGGAACAAAUCACACACAGUACCGUUUUACCUGAUAGCUGUUCUUCUGCCCCUGCUAAAUCUGAAGUCUCCAUCCUUCUUUGCAAAGUUUAAUGUCCUAGGUACAGUUUCAGUUGUCUACUUAGUUUUUCUGGUAACUGUAAAGGCUGCUCGUCUGGGAAUUCAUUUAGAAUACAACUGGUUUACAGAGGACGAUUUUUUUGUGCCAG